AUGUCAACCCAAUACGCCAACUCCAUCCCUUUUACCGCAAACCACACCCAACAAGCCUUCAAACUGCUCGAACUACCCCCCGAACUACUCACCCUCCUAGAAUCCGAUACUCCUCCCACCGUCUCCAACACCGCCUCAAACCACAUCCUAAAAACCUACACUCUUCGCCAAAAAAAUACUUCCAACCCACUUAUGUUACUUUCACCCUCUUCUGUCCAAAAGAUCCCCGAAGAAGAACAAGAACAAGAACAGGCACCCUCAUCUUUUACAUCCAUCACUCAACCAAGCAUAACGCGAAUAUCUAGUGUAGAUCAGACUAUUGAGUUGAUAGAACAGGAAGAAGAGCAGGAUUUAGAAGGACAAGGACAGGGAGGAGAAAAUUCAAAACAGAAAGAAAAACCAGUCAAGGUGAAUAAAUGGCAUGAGAAAUUUGCGCAGAGUAGAGGGAGGACUUCGAAGUGA